CUGCCAGGAGCAGACCCCACAGGCAGAGAACUCCUGGACGCACUUGCAUGUGAGUUCUGACCACCGGAGGAGCCACCGCUGAGGAAUCAAAGCCAUCGUCAUGGAGUUCGUGAUGAAACAGGCCCUGGGAGGGGCCACAAAAGACAUGGGGAAGAUGCUCGGGGGUGACGAGGAGAAGGACCCCGAUGCGGCCAAGAAGGAGGAGGAGCGCCAGGAGGCCCUGCGGCAGGAGGAGGAGGAGCGCAAGGCCAAGUACGCCAAGAUGGAGGCGGAGCGUGAGGCCAUGCGGCAGGGCAUCCGAGACAAGUACGGCAUCAAGAAGAAGGAAGAGCGGGAGGCUGAGGCCCAGGCCGCCAUGGAGGCCAAUUCAGAGGGCAGUCUGACGCGGCCAAAGAAAGCCAUCCCGCCGGGCUGUGGGGAUGAGCCGGAGGAGGAGGACGAGAGCAUCCUGGACACGGUCAUCAAGUACCUGCCAGGGCCGCUGCAGGACAUGUUCAAGAAGUAAUGCCCCAGCUGGACCCAGCCCGCCUGAGCCCAGACCCCCACCCCGCCGCCCCUCGCCUACCUACGCCCUCUACAUGCCCUCCGAGGAGGCCCCUGAAGGGAUGUCGGGAGCAGAGUGCAGUCCCCCAACGCCAAUAUAAGCCAUAGUCCUAGAUCUUUCCACCCCAUGUCCCCCUCACGCCUCGGGAGCCUGCGCUCACCGCUCACCACCAGCCCCCUCCCCUGACUGCCAUCACCACCGCCACCCACCGGGGCAGGGGUGCCCACCCCUCCCCAGGGCCCCUCCGUGGACCGCCCACGUGCUCCUCUGGGUCGAGCCCUCCCCCAGAGCCUGGGAUGUCCCUACUGCCCCCCCCCUUCACACCCACCCAGCAGCGCCCAAGGCCAUGCCACCGACAGGGCCAGCAUCUCCAUCACCCGUUGGUGCGCCGUCCCUGCGUUGUUGGGCACUUGUCCCGUCCCAAACUCAGGAGCACAGCCAUAGUGGGGGGAAGGUGGGCGUGCGGGGGGCUGGGAGGGGAGCCUCCCCUGUCCCCACAGUGACACAUGGGCUGCAGGGGCUCCGAAUGUUCCUGUCUGAAAGUUGCCCACCUCCGCCUGCACCCCUCACGGUGUCCAUCUGUCUCUGCCUGUCCUCCAUGCCCCUUCUCCGCCGGCUCCUCUGGAAGGCUUUGCUUCGGAGAAGUACCAGGGCCCUGGUCUCUUCCAAACUUCGGAAACUAAGCAAUAGGCCUGGGGGCAAAUUUCUGGCACCACCCCCACCGCAGGUCCAGUGUGGAACAGUGCAGCCCCUCACGCGCCCUGUGACUCACCGCACCUGAGUCUUUCUGCCCAGCCCUCUCCCCUCCCUGGGUGGCACCUCCCGGCUAGGUGGUCUUAGCCAAGGCUGCUCUGGGGUGGGGGGCCUCUGCCCCCACCCUCUGUGCGCCCGCACCUUCCAUGAGAGUGGGGAGGAGACCCGGGGCCCUGGGAUGAGUGCCACACCUGGAGACAGAAAGCCCCCUCGGGCUCUCCUCUGCCAGGUGCAGGCCCCUCGAGGUGGGGACCCCCCAGGUGGCCUUGCGCUCAGCGCUGGCGGAGUCUGACGGGAGCCACGGAGGGCCUCCCGGACCCUUCGUCUCUUUCAUCCUUGUUUUCCUUUGCAUCGUGAUAUGUUGAAUCUCAGGUAAUGAGGUCUUACGUGUUUGGGGAGUUCUAUCGGGACAGAAAGCCCAUCGCCUCGGUGUCCGGGGACCCCUUUCUGUCCAUAUCGCACAUUCAUCGCGUCCACGUGUUGCGGGCCGGGGGGUUCGGCCCCACGUAGCUCUUUAGAGAAGCCAUAACAAUAGACGGCAAUACUAACCGCGGACGCCCCCUGCCGGCCGGGCCGCGUGCCCUGGCGCCUCGCGCUCCUGCGCCCUCGCCUCCUCCGGUCCCGUGUCUUUUUUAAACGCCUGUUUUCACACGUCAAAAAGCCAGCUCUGAGCAGACAGGGCGUUGUCUCGUAGAAACCCCGCAUCCCGUUCCCAGCGCAUGGGGCGCCCGGAGCUGCCAAGCUUAGCGUAGACCGUGGAUGUUGUCCGUCCUUCCGUCCUUGCGCCUGCGCCCCCUCCUGCAUGUCGGGGGCCGUCAUGUGUGUUCUCUCUGGAUGGAAUCACAGCCAAUAAACACCAUAGCGAGUUCA